AUGUUGAGAGCCGUGAACAGAGCGGUGUUGCCCAAGAAGUACGGGGGCAAGUACACCGUGUCGUUGAUCCCCGGGGACGGGAUUGGUGCCGAAAUCACCGACUCGGUCAAGACGAUCUUCAAGGACCAGAACGUCCCCAUUGAGUGGGAGAUUGUCGACGUUUCCGGUUUGGAAAAUGCCGGCGGCUGCGGCAUCACCGAAGCCGUCGACUCCCUCAAGCGGAACAAGGUGGGGCUUAAGGGGAUCUUGCACACCCCUACCACCGGUAAGUCGCUCAACGUCGCCUUGAGAAAGGAGUUGGACAUCUACGCCUCGUUGGUGCUCAUCAAGAACAUCCCCGGUGUCAAGCUGAGAAUCGACGGCAUCGACUUUGCCCUCGUCAGAGAAAACACCGAAGGUGAAUACCUGGGUUUGGAACACCAAUCGUACCCCGGUGUCGUCGAAUCGUUGAAGAUCAUGACCCGGUUCAAGCUGGAACGGAUCGCCAAGUUCGCCUUCGACUUCGCCAAGAAGAACAACCGUGAAUUGGUCACCGCCAUCCACAAGGCCAACAUCAUGAAGCUCGGUGACGGUUUGUUCCGUCAAACCGUCAAGGACGUCGGUCAGGACUACCCCGGCAUCAAGGUCAACGAUUUGAUUGUCGACAACGCCUCGAUGCAAGCCGUGGCCCACCCGCAACAAUUCGACGUGUUGGUGACCCCUAACCUUUACGGUACCAUCUUGUCGAACAUCGGUGCCGCCUUGAUCGGGGGUCCCGGUUUGGUCCCCGGGGCCAACUUUGGUCGUGAGUACGCCUUGUUCGAACCCGGUUGCCGUCACGUCGGGUUGUCGAUCAAGGGUAAGAACUCGGCCAACCCCACCGCGAUGAUCUUGUCGUCGGCGAUGAUGUUGAGACACUUGGGUCUCAACGACCACGCCGACCGCAUCGCCUCCGCCACUUACGAAGUGUUGCUGGACGGCCAGGUCCGCACCCCGGACAUUGGUGGCUCCAACACCACCACUGAGUUUACCGAUGCCAUUCUCGCCAAAUUGAACUAA